CAAACCGCAUGCCAUGCCGACUCAAAAUCUAACCUCACCUGUACCGGUCAACAGUGCAACACGUACCCACAUCACGUCGCAGCCUCACGAGAAAAAGCACGGGCCCCACCACCCAACCAGAAAAAAGCCACCACGACACAAACGGAACGGCCAGCCGCCUACCAAAGACCGCGUCCAGGCGCGUCGCCUCCCACCACCCCCCGCUCCGCUCGUGUGGGAAGGGAAGGGAAACGAAACGGAGGCACCGCACCGCACCGCAGCCAGCCCACGCCACCACCUCCUCCACCACAUUCUCUGCCAUCACCGCCGCCACCACCACCAACACAAAGUUUGCGCCGCGCCCCCGCUGCGCCGCGUGGACCCCCACGCAACCGCCGCUAGCAUUCCCGGCCACGCGAGCACGCGACGCCUCCCGCUGCCAGCCCCGGGCCGCCGAUCUCGCCUCGCCUCGCCUCGCCUCGCCUCGACCGGACGAGGAGGGGGGAGGGGAAGGAGGUGGGUCGGGAUGGGGGCGUGCGUGUCGCGGCCCAGCGCGUGCGUGGGGAAGCCCCACACGCCGCGGUCGGGCGACGCGGGCGGCCGGUCCUGCGCGCGGCGGAGGCGCAGCCGCCGCGGGGGGAAGGCGCGGAGGAAGACGCCUUCGUGCACCGCGUCGAUGGAGACCAUCCAGGAGGGCGAGGUGCCCGCCUCGCCGCCGCCCGGGGCCGGCGAUCACCGGACCUACAGUAACCCCGCGUUCCAAGCUGCAGUGUCCGGCAACAUUGAGGAGGCAUGGUACGACUCCUUGGCGAUGAGCGAGUCAGAUGGCGAUGACGAUUACCAUAGCGUGCAGGAUGAUGCUUUUUCAUUGAAUGGCUUUGAGAACGAAGCUGCAUUGAGCAUGAAAGAUGGCAACAGUGGGAGCUUCAAUGGAGCUGCGCAAUCAGGUGAGCAUCACAAUAAAAGGCCAAAGUCCAGUGAGUUGUCAAAGGGGAGCUCAGAUAAUGGUGUGAGGUCUUCCGUGAGCCACGAGGAUGUGGCGAGUGUCUCCGGCGAAGACAGUGCGCAUGGUGGAGGAAGGAUACUGGACGACUGCGGGCUUCUGCCUAAUAAUUGUUUGCCUUGUAUUGCCUCUGCUGUUGGCGUAAACGAGAAGAAGAGAGCUCUUUCCUCAAGCCCAACUCAUUCAAUGAAGAUGCCAUCUUUGAAGCUCUCAUUCAAGAAGAAGUCCGGGGAAGCUCAUCCAUCUACCACACUAUUAUCUACGAAGGAUUUCCUUGAAAGGCCUCUAGCAGGUUCUCAAGUACAAUUAUGUUUGCUGGAAUCGAAAAUCCUCAACAGCUGGUCUCAUAUUGAUCCUGGUACAUUCAGAGUCCGUGGAGCAAACUAUUUUAGGGAUAAGAAAAAAGAGUUUGCUCCAAAUUAUGCUGCGUAUUAUCCAUUUGGAGUUGAUGUGUACUUGUCGCCACAAAAACUGAAUCAUAUAUCACGAUUUGUUCAACUUCCGGAUCUUCAACUCUCCAGCAAACUCCCACCUCUUUUGGUGGUCAAUGUACAGGUCCCAUUGUAUCCUACUUCGUUAUUUCAGAAUGAAACUGAUGGGGAAGGGAUGAGCUUUGUUUUGUAUUUUAGGCUUUCUGAAGGCUACUCAAAAGAGCUUCCACCUUCAUUCAUAGAAAAUAUUAGAAGGUUGAUCAAUGAUUAUGUAGAGAAGAUAAAAUCGUUUCCAAUGGAAACAACUAUACCAUUUCGAGAACGGCUGAAGGUACUUGGCCGGGUGGCUAAUCUGGAGGAUCUUCCUUUAAGUGCAGCGGAGAGGAAGCUAAUGCAUGCAUACAACGAGAAGCCUGUGCUUUCGAGGCCACAACAUGACUUUUACUUGGGUGAUAACUACUUUGAGAUUGACAUUGACAUGCACAGAUUCAGCUACAUCUCAAGGAAAGGUUUUGAAACAUUUUUGGACAGGCUAAAAGUAUGCGUUCUAGAUGUUGGGCUGACCAUUCAGGGAAAUAAAGCUGAAGAACUGCCUGAGCAGAUCUUAUGUUGUGUUAGGUUGAAUGGGAUCGAUUACACAAAAUAUCAGCCACUUAUGACGCACGGUGCCUGAAGUCGAAGCUUACAAGAACCAGCUAACCGUUGAUUGGAUACUGAGAGGUAACCAAAUCAGGCAAAGGUUCCUGGCGGUGUCAGACCAGGAACCACAGUGGACCACUGACUGCUGUACAGUCGUCAUCAGCUGAGCAUGUGGCGUUGCAUUGAAGUAAUGUUAACAGAGGCAGGGGCGGUUACCUGUGUUCUGUAGGGUGGUUCCCUCAGAAGCCGGGGUGCUAAUAUAAUCCCUUCUUUCUAAAAAGGGAAAAAAACAGAGACAGCGGUGCAUGUAAAUCUGUAUAUCAUUUCUCAAGCUGCUGCUACUCAACAUUCUAGAUCUAGUAAAUGUCACUAAUUUGUCUAUGAUUGAGUAGGUUUAGGCAUAUCGAAACUUGAGGAGGAUCUUUUUUUUUUUUUGUGUCAAUACCAGGCCACCAGCUGUUUCAUUUAUUGCACUAUUGCAGGCUAUGAAUCUGAUAGGAUUGUGGUGCCCAUCACACACAAACCCUGGCGGCGCCGCAUCAGGAAAAGGGAAAAAAGGAUAUGGUGGUGGCACAAAUAACCUGUACAGUUCACAUGGUGCGGAGUGGUAACUUCAAAAGCCUCCAGGCAGGUGAAGAGGAGAAUGAAGGGGGCAACAAAAUGGGAAGUCGUGAACCAUCGCAGAUAAUAAUUGCGGUUCGGUUCAGUGAGUUGCUAAAACAGGUUAAUAAUAUUACCAAUCCAGUUUGUUUUUCUA